AUGUCAUCAUGUUUAGAGAAUCAAGAUCGUCUUUCAUUGUCGGAUAUUCUUAUGGCACAUGUUUAUAUUCGCGCACUGCUUAUCUAUGAUUAUCCGAUUGUUAAUCUGGAGGAGUCUUUUCAUGAGUAUCUUCAGUUGUAUUGUCCGCAAGCGUUUCAAACAAUUGUUUAUGAAAAAGAUAGUCCAUUAGAUGGACGAAUUGUUAAAUGUGAAAACGAUCAAGAACGAAACGUGUUUUUAUGUGAAUCAAGAACAACUGAAAGUAUUUUCAAAUAUUCGAGUCCAAAUUGUUCGAUUGAAGAUUUACUUCCAUAUGGUUUGAUGCCAACCGAUACUUCGCCUCUUAUUUUUCUUCAUCAAAUACAUUUUCAAGAUGGAACUGCUCUAGUCUUUGGUUGUCAUCAUCAUUUAUCCGAUGGUUAUGGAUUUAGUUUAUUAGGACAACGUUUUGCAUCAUGGUUUCAAGGAAAACAUCCAACUUUUUUCGAUCAUGAUCGAUCGAAAUUACGAUGUUUCGAUCCAUUACUUUCUAUUCAGUAUGAUCAUCAAGAAAUGAGUAUCACUCCCCCUGUACAUUCUUUACUGAAUCCGAUUUCAACCAGAACGAUUCUUAAACGUUACACAAAAGAGGAUUUAUUUGCUAAACUUGAAAUUGAAAAUGAAAAUCUUUCGAUGAAUGAUGUUCUUGUGGCAUGGCUAACAAAGCAAAUCAGUCAAAUUCGUUGUAUAUCUUUGCAAACAAUAGUGAAUGUUGGUAUGGCCAUGAAUGGACGAAGAUUAUUACCGAAUAUAGAUGAAAAUUAUUUUGGCAACUGUACUUUUUCUAUCUGUUUGUCAUUUUCGAUGUUUGAUCUGAACAAAUUAUCUGUUAAUGACUUAGCUCAACGAAUUAAUCUACACAAAAGAGAAUUCAUGAAACGGGAAUAUAUUCAAUCAGCAUUGGCAUUUAUUGAUAAACAUCAUCGGUCAUCUAGAAUUCAUUUAGGAUGGGAAGCAAACGGAGGAAUUGAUUUAUCAUUCAGUAAUUGGUCGAAAUUUCCUUUAUAUCAAUGUGAUUUUGGUCAAGGCAAAGCAAAAUCUUUUCAAAUUCCUCAAAUUAUAUUCGAUGGACUUAUUCUAAUUUUACCAACAUUGAAUAAAGAUGAAGUUGAAAUCCAUAUGACAUUAAACGAGCAACAUGCACAAUUACUUUCGAUGGCAUUGUUUUGA